UCUAUAAUGUGAUUGAUGGGACUUUGGAUAUUACAUGGGUUGAUGAGUUUGAUAUAAGAAUGAACGACGAAGUCAUAUGUUGAUAUUUUUAUAUCUUAUAUGUUCAAAGUUGAGGGUGAUGGAACUUGUUAGUGUUUACUUAGGUAGUUGUUUGUAUAUAAAUCAAAUCGUGCAUGGAAAAGAUAAUAAAUUUGGAUUUAAAAUGUUAGGGUUUCAAAAUAACUGGGCAUUGAAUAUGUGGUUUAGUCUAAUACUGAAAAAACUGUUAGGACUUCAACACCUUUUUUUCUCUAUGUCGGGAAUGUGGGCACUAAUUUCCCGAUUCAUGUAGGUAAAAUUGUUUCUUAGUUUGUGAGAUUGAAAAGCGUAGAUUGAUUUUAAGCAUGAUUGAUGAGAGGUUUACUUGCAUCAUCUUCGUCUGCCGUGGGUGUUGAGUUUCAUCGGCGACAGAUGUUAGACAUGCAAGAGAGAAGAUCUGAAUAUGUUAAUUUCGUGUUUUGUUUUUUCUUCUCUCGUGUUUUGUGGGUUCUACUCUUUGCUCAGACUGUACAAAAGAUGAAGUCUGGCUAGGCCGUCUCACUUCUCUGAAGUAUUCCCUUGAUUAACCUCCCACCAACAUCUAUCUUCUGAUUCUGUCUUGAAGUCGAGGAGCUUCCGGAAAAAUUAGCUUCCAUCUGUUGUUCCGCUUGGAAUGGAGAGUUCUGAAAUGCCGCAUAAAAAACAUAUUGGCAAAUAACUAAUGAUUGUCAACAACUAUCACUAUACUAAAUAGAAAAUAAAUCAAGGUUUUUUGUUCUGCACAAACUAAAAUCUUACAACAGGGUUGUCACGGUCUUUUUUCAGGAGCAAGAUCUUUUUCUUCCCAGAAACCAUAGUCAAUGCAAUUCUUGGGAGAGAGCUAUCCAUGAUAGAGGCUAAAGUUGCGUAGAUGAAAAAAUAGAUCAGAAACACAGUAGAUUUUUUUCAGAUAAGGAAAAUAUGGGAUAAGUUGUUGACUAAUUAUCAGUUUCAAUUGUUGGUAUGUCAUUCCACUUGAAUUUGUCUGAUUGUAAUCUUGCUUGGAGCUGCCAAAUAUGCUAUGUUUACCAAUUUCUAGGUUUGUGUUCGCAAUCACUUGGAGCACCUAGCAACCUCAAAACGAUCGACUUUCACAAUGGAGUCUGCUUUCAAAGAUGACAUAGAAUGAUUAGCACGUCCGACGGGAGUAAACCCAUGAAUCACGGAAUCUGCAAAUAGUAUUAUCCAACAAAGAAUCAGGAAAUAAAUUAAAACAAUUAUGUUAAAUAAGUGUGAUAGAUCGAAGAUUAACUUACCUUUUCAUCGAGGAAAAGAACCGUGAUUCCCACAAACUCUCUGUUUUUCUUGAAGUUCAGGGAAUCCCAGAAGCGGAGGAAGCCAGAGGCUAUGCUCUGACUACUAAGACCAAGACGGAGAGACUCGAAGGUUGAGUGACGGAUGCCGGGACGCCGGUUUGACGAACUGGAGAAGCAGAGAGAAACAUUUUCUAGAAGAUGGUUAAAGCUAAGAGGAAUCAAUGAGUUUUGUGGAGAUGCAGAUUGGGUUCAUCAAAGAUGAGAAUCAUAUAUAUAUAUGGUUUACAGAGGGGCUACAAAUCAGGAACAUUUAUGAUCAAGCGAUUUAAGAUGGGGACAUGAAGAGUUCACCGGUGAAAAAAUAGAUUACGAACAUACACACGGCGCAACUCUGUAACUCAGACUUGUUUGAGACAAUAAUGAAAAGAACCCAUAUUAAACUACAACAGUUUACAAUAUAGGAAAACCAUAAUUGUUGCAAACUUAAGCUUUUUUUCAUAUAACGUGAUGAAUCCCAUUUAAAAAUGAAACCCAUAAUACACUUGUAGGUCCGACCCUCAGAGGAAGCCGAAAAAGCAAGGGCUUCCGACCUUCAUAAAUAUAUAUUAGGUUCGGCCAUCAAUGUACAAAGGUAUCAGUUAGCUUAGUGGUAUAAAUGUUGGUGUUUAUAUCUCAAUAACACGGGUUCGAGCCAUGGACUUGACACUUUUUUACACUUUUUAAAAAUAUGGCCCACAAAACGAUGACGUGACACGCUGAGGAGUGAGCAAAAACUGAUUUAUUAUAAUAUAGAUUUUAAUAAGAAACAUAUAACUUUGUAGAAAAACCACGUAUACAAGUUACAAGUUAGUGCACUAGCACCGUUUCAUGCAAUGACUAUAAAUACUUUCCUAGUUCAACUCAUCUCCUCAAUCUAAUAUCUCUCUUCAGAAAAAGACCGUCGUCAAAAAUACACGAAAGGAUGAAAUUGACCCUCUUCAAAAGGCCAUGCGAUUACUCAAAGAUGAACAAGGAAGAUCCAGAGGAGGUACUUCACCGGCGAGCCAAGUUCUUGAUCUACAAAAAGCUUCAAGAAGCCGACUUGAUUUCUCGUCGUUCUCCUCCCACGUCGUUGUUGUUUCUACGUAUGAAGCUUUUCCGGUUGAAAGCAAUGAUCGGAAAAGAGUUGAGUAAUCUACAUCGCAUCAUCGUAUCCACCAUUAGAUUUGGCGGAAUCCGAAAGCACUCACUAGGCGGUGUAAAAGUGUUUAAGAAGAUGUUCCACGGUGGUGCAACAACCGGAUUAUCUAGGCCGCCUAUUUUCACUCUCGAAGUUUGAUUUUAUAUUUAUUUUCUUGUUUUUGUGAAUUUCUCUUGAUCUCUAUUACAAAAGCUAAUUAAGGGUGUAAUAUGAAGAUAUCUUGAGUUUUGUUUCUCUCAUUAAAGAGGAAAGAAAACUUAAACCAUCUAUUUAUAUCCGUAUACAUUCUCUCUCUCUCUCUCAUAUGAGAAAAAAAAGAACUGAUAAAGCUCCUUACUUGUACUUGUCCAUAAUUUUCUUUGCUUCUUCAAGUGGAUCAUUAUCCAUUGGUGUGGAACCAGAAAUAUUAUCUUCUCCACCUCUCUGUUUAGGAGCUUCAUCUUUGUUGAAGGCUAUGAAUAAGAAAUAUGCAAAUCCCAUUGUACCC